AAUACAUUAAUUCAUCAUAUAGCUUAAAGUGCUAUCCUCUUCCUCUUUUUGGUUGUGCAAUUGUUGACGCACAUCUUUUGUGUCCUAAACUGAGCCCUCAUUUUCCCGGUGGCAGACAGAAUUGCAUAAUGAAAGCAAGGCUUACGGGAAACCAAUCUAAACGUAGAUCGUGUCAUUAUUCUAUAGUCAUUAUACUGUGCAGUCAACAUUUACUUCAUAAUGAAGCAAAAAAGGUUUUCAAUUUCCAUUUUAAAAUGGCAAUGAGGAACAGCAAAAGCAAGAAAGGCUUGUCUUCAGCAUACAACUUUACGAGUGCAUUGUCCCUCUGUAGCCUGUACAAACAGUGACAGAAGGCCAAACACAUUGUUUAGUUUGGAUCGGCCCCCCUGCAGCAGAUAUGUUUGAUGACUGUGCUUAGGAGAAUUGCCGCAGUGGUAGGUGACAUUGACCCUGGCACUAUCCAUUUAAAAUAAUGGAUACUGGAUAUCCCAUGCUAGAGCAAAUGGGGAGUGUUGGCUGUCUUUUGAGGUAUUGUUUUAUACUGCAUGUUCCCAUGUUGCAUAUCAGUUUAUGGCACACGCCCCCAUUGCAUGGAAAUAGAUGGCACAGGGGUUAGAGAGAGAGAGCGGAACACAUUUCCUGCAUACCUCUCUCUUGCCUGUACUCUCCGUCUUCUCCCUCCCACUUUGGGCUUCUGAGCGAGUGUGCCUCACUAGCAACAUGCUCCUGUCUCUCUCCCUCUCCCCUCUCUUGCUCCCUCUCUACCUCUGGCACACACACACUCUCUCUCUCUCUUACUCUCUCUCAGUCAAAGAGGGGAUUCUCCGUAACUAGCCGUAGGUUAGUGUGAUCCUCACUUCUCAUCAUCCUUUCACUGAUGUUCUCUUUUUAAAAAAUAUUUUUUCCUCUGAAUUAAAUUUCUCUGCUGCCGAUGUCACAGCUCACAUGCAGUGCGUGGUGCAAGGUGCACAAAAGGUAGAGGGAAUCCAAGAGAACUUUUAAGGCUGCUAUCAGCGCACAUUUCUUUUGAAUCUAGACACCCUGGGCUGGUUUAUCUACUGCUGAGAGACCAGUCAACAAUGGGAAGAUUUUUGUUGUAGUGGAUGACUCAUUUAGGUUAUUUCCUCCCUGAAGACUGCUGGAUAUAGAUUUUUUUAUUCUUUUGUUCCACCUGCAUGUUUCACCUCUCAGACACUCUGUAGAAUCUGUUUGGACUUUUAUGGAGUGUGAAAUUUUUGCAGUAAGUGCGAAGUUUGGAGGAGCAAAGUGAGACAAAUCAUGGCUGAUGGAACUGCAGUUGAGUAUUGAACCCUUCUGUCCAGGGAGGCAGCCCAGAGAUGACCACAGUGUCCAUGGAGCCUGUAGGAGUCCUGGUGGAAAGGGGCGCCAAUGCCACUGACCCCCCUCUGAACUCGCAUGAGGACUUAGCUGCCACCUUCACCAUUGGCACCAUCCUGUCCAUAAUGUGCCUUGUGGGAGUCUCAGGGAACAUCUACACCCUGGUGGUUAUGUGCCACUCCAUGAGGACUGCAGCCUCGAUGUACAUCUAUAUCAUAAACUUAGCUUUGGCAGAUCUGCUGUAUCUGCUGUCAAUCCCAUUCGUUGUCUGCACACACUUUCUAAAGGGAUGGUACUUUGGGGACGCAGGGUGUCGGCUUCUGUUCAGCAUAGACUUCCUGACCAUGCAUGCCAGUAUCUUCACACUGACAAUCAUGAGCACGGAGCGCUACUUUGCAGUGCUCAAGCCGCUUGACACAGUCAAGAGGUCUAAAAGUUACAGGAAGGCCAUCGCUCUGCUGGUCUGGGCUGUUUCUCUCAUCCUGACUCUACCAAUGAGUGUGAGCAUCCAGCUGAUGAAGGUGGGAAACAAGCUUAUGUGUCAGCCCACCUUGUCAGAAAUCUCCUACAAGUUUUACAUCUCCUUCCUGUUUUGCACUAGCAUUGUUGCUCCAGGUCUGAUCAUUGGCUAUCUCUACAUCCAACUCGCCCGCACUUAUUGGGUUUCACAGACGGAGACCUUCAAACAGACCAAGAAACUUCCCAAUCAAAAGGUGCUGUACCUGAUUUUCACCAUCGUGCUCCUCUUCUGGGCAUGCUUCCUGCCCUUCUGGAUCUGGCAGCUGCUGGGUCAGUUCAACCCAUCACUGUCCCUCUCCAUCAAAGCCAAGCGCAACAUCAACUACCUGACCACAUGCCUGACGUACUCCAACAGUUGCAUCAACCCAUUCCUCUACACACUGCUCACCAAGAACUACAAGGAGUACUUGAGGAAGCACAAGCGGUCCUGGAUGGCUGGCAGCUACUUCAGCAGGAGGAGUCGUUUUCAGCGUUCACCACGCAGGUCGCCGUCAUCCAGCAGUCAACAGUGUACCGAAAGCUUUAUGCUCACGCACACCGCCUCCCUGCGCGCACAUAACAGCAGUUUGUGAGAUGUGACUGAGCUGUUCUGGCUGAGGAAGAGGAAGAAAGGAAAGAAGAUGACACAAACAGCAGCAGACCCUGAACUCUUCAUCACCACAACUGUGAAAGAAGACGUAGCUGCAGUUCAAUACAUGUGGACACAAUCACAUGUAUGAGCACCAGCGGAAACGGAACAAGAAGCCAGGAGCUGCUGCUGUUUGAGACUGUGUACAAAGUAGAUCCCCUCAUGUCUGUAUUUAUUUGUCGCUCCCAGAACUUCUUGUGACAUGAGGGAAAGACUUUUCAACUUUUAUGCUAACUCUAAUGUUUACCCCUCUGUCCUUCUCACGGUGCAUUGUGUGGGCCUGCAUGUGAAAGUGUCUCUGAAAUUGUCUUUUUUUUGGUGAUUGAGGGCAAUUGUGUACACAGUAACAAUAGGGGAGUAAUGCUGUUGACGCACAAGUGAGGUAAGGACAACAGUAUCGAGCCAUCAGUGGUUUGAUUUACAAAAAAAGAUUAUCAUAUGGUAAUGUCAGUCGAGUCUGGCAUGUGAUGUUUUUAAUUCAUGACGGAUAAAAAGUGCAUGAUUGCUGCAGUGGUAGCAGAUGAUUGCUUUUGGAGGACAUACUGGGACAUACCUUUCUUAUUUUAAGGGCAAAGCAGUGUUCAGGCAGACAACAGCACUGCAUAAAAAACACAUAGCCCCCCUCAUUCUUUUGAAUGGGAUCACUGCAUCGACCGCAGAGUCGUCAAGCAAAAAAGUUGAAGCUGGCACAACUCUGCUGAUUACAUAAAAGCAAGCACACAGUCCUGGUAGAUUACUUUGGCCCCAUUUACACUUGUCAUUUCAUGUGUCUUCAAGUAUCUAGAUAAAAUCAAUAUGAGAUUUAGAACACUUUAAUUUAAGUUUAACCACAUAUACGGUAUGUGUCACAAAUUUGAUUGCAAUCUAUGUUGAUUUUUCCAGACCCAGACUAGCCGCAAAUCAGGUUUAACUCUACUCCAGUCCAGAUGGAAGUGGUAAUACACUUGAAGCUGUUUGGUUUCUGCCAAAAAUGGCAGAAGAUUAAAGGGGCUAUAUUAUGUACAUGUCCAGGUCUAUAUAUUUCAUCUGGGGCUCUAUUGGAAUAUCUUUGCAUGGUUUACAGUUUAAAAAUACUCUGCAGCCCCUUAGUUCAGCAUCUGUCUUCAACAGGCUGUUUUAACUCCUGUCUCUUUAAGGCCCCCCUCUCGAUGAGCCCACUCUCUUCUGAUUGGCCAGCUUUGGAAGCAUCCCCUCAGACUUCCAAAGGCUAUGUCAACAGACCAUGCAACAAACUAUAGGCUAUACAAUAGAAGCGAUACAAUAUGAUACGAUGUAAGAAAAUGGUGAAAAAUGGAGAUCACUGUUUCCCAAAGCCCAAGGUGACGUCGUCACACAUCUUCUUGUGUCCCAGUCAACAGUCCAUAUCCCAAAGAUAUUCUGUUUAUUAUCAAAGAAGACAAAAAACCCUAGAAAA